GAUGCUUGACUGUCGCAUAAACAGUUCCAGUGUACAGGCGUAGCUUCCGGGAGAAUUAAUAAUUUUGUCAUUUUAACACGAGUUAUAACCCUAGCGGUGUCGCAGUUUUAAUUAGCUGUUAAAAUACCGGAUAUAAAUAUAAUAACAGAAUUCAAAUACAUUUGAGAAAAUAGUGUUAGCUGUCUUCGCUCCGUUACGAUUCACAGAAACAUGGCGGCGUCCUUGAGCAGCACAGGGACCGUGAGGCUGCUGAGCGCUUUAGCGAGGUCCAGCUUAUUAUGCAGCUCCCCUGGCAGCAGAGCCCUCCAUGUCACUGCAGUGUGCUGCAAGAACCGAGCAGGUCGUGCGCGAGUGGGUAAAGGAGACAGACCUGUGACCUAUGAGGAAGCACUUCCACCUCAUCAGAUCGCCCAUCGCAAAGGAUGGCUGUCGCAGCACACCAGUAACCUGAAAGGAGAGGAGGGCGCAGCUGAGCGGACCAUAGAGGACGUGUUCAUAAGGCGCUUCAUGUUCGGGACCUUCCACAACUGCCUGGCCAACGAGAUUGUGAUCAAAAGGCGCGGCAACAUGCUCAUAGUGUGCGCUUUAGUGCUCCAGAGAUUAGGACCACAGAAGAUUUACUUCCUCGUAGGCUACUCAGAGACACUACUGUCGCACUUGUACAAAUGUCCCGUCAAGUUAGAGAUUCAGAUGCUGCAGGAUAAAGCUGUGUACAAGUACCUCUGAUGCAACAAGGUGGUACUAAUACUGUUCCUGCAAGAGUUACUGUUCCAACAGCUGGAUUUUGCUCCAGUGGUGACUUUGCUCCUGUCUUAUCAAAUGUUUUCAGUCUCAGUGCUUUUGUUAAACACACUCUCAGAAAUGAAGAAAAUACAAUCAUGCGUGUGUCACUGAAACAUUACACCUGACACUGUUAAACAAAUAUAGCAACUACAAGGCUGAAUACAUUGUAUGUGUGUUCAUACUGCAGCUUCAGCUCACCAUGUUUCAUCUGUAAUUUGUUAUUUUAGAAAUGUCAUGAUUGCUGCCAAAGCAGAGGGAUGUUUUGUAAAGCAAGAUUAAAAAAAUAAAUCUCACAACCCUAA